AUUCUUUCAACAUCAACUUUUGUUUUCACUAUAAAUCAAUCUUAAUUUCUAAAAACAAAGAAAGUCGGAAAUAUAAAUUUCACCAAAUUCUUUAUCUUGGUUGAACCACAAUGGAAGAUCUAUCCAAGGAGCAAAUACAACAACUUCAAAUGGCCUUCGAUGCAUUUGAUCAUCAAAAAAAAGGAGUUGUUAGUACAGAUAUGAUUGGAACGAUGCUUGGUAUGUUAGGACAUGAAAUACGAAGUAGUAUAUUAUCAGAAGUUAUAACAGAAUUUGAUCCUCAUGGUAGGAAAGAAAUAAGAUUUGAUACAUUUUGCAACUUAGCAGCAAGAUUUCUUGAAGAUGACGCAGAUGCUGAAGCUGUUCAGGCAGAACUUCGAGAAGCUUUCCGUCUGUACGAUAAAGAAGGAAAUGGUUACAUAACCACAGAAGUUUUUCGAGAUAUUCUCCAUGAGUUAGAUGAUAAUUUGACGCCAGAAGAAUUAGAUAUGAUGAUCGAUGAAAUAGAUGCUGAUGGCUCAGGAACAUUAGAUUUUGAUGAAUUCAUGGAAGCAAUGACGAAAUAAAGCUACAUUGCCAAUACGCAGACUAUUAGAAAUCAACUUUGCAAAAUUACAAAAGAAGAAUAAGAAAUUUUUUUGAUUUAUCUAUUUUCCAUCAUUAUCAGAAAAUCUACUUCCAAUUAAUUAAAUAUAUUAUUGUACCUUCAGAAUAAUAUUCAAAUAAAUGUUACUCUUAGCUUAUAGAAUAUCUCAA